AUGACAAGGAAAGUGAUUUCUUACAAAAGUGGACAGAAGAAAGUUGACAAUACUGGUCCCGCGAUCGUGUUGGAAUCAGGUGAAAAAGAUGGCAUCAAACAUACAUGGAGUGGCGGUAUCGAUACUUAUUCUAGAGCCAAUUUCACAUGGAACAUUGAUUGGAAAGAUUUGAAAAACCAAGGAGCUCAUCGUCUUGUUGGACAUUUGAUAGUCAGUUCUGUUUAUUGGCUUCCACAUAGAGUAGAUAUUGAUUGGACUGACACGAACCAUUCAGUUUUGGCAGCAAUUGGAAUACUCUUAACUCGUAAUACUCUUAAUUCCUACCCGGUUAGUUUUGAGUACAAUCUCACUGCUCACUACGCUGAAUCGUCUCCACCCGAGAAGAUGUCUUAUGAAAAAAUGUUUGUGGCUUCCGAUAAAACAGAUGUGGUUCUUGUUGUCGAUGGAAAGAAGCUGAAUGUUAACAAAUCGUUCCUUUCUAUCCACUCCGACUUUUUCUCCACUCUUUUCUCUGCGAAUUUCAAAGAAGGACAAAUGAAAGAAAUCGAAAUCAAGGAAGUUUCCUAUGAAGAUUUUGGGCUUCUUCUUGCUACUUUCUACCCGAAUCCACAGUUUCCAAAUGAUCAAACUGUCGAGAAGCUUCUCGAAAUGGCUCGACGUUUUCAAGUGUCAUCAGUUGUUGGAAUCGUUGAAUAUCACCUUCUCCACAUCUCAAAAAUUGCAUACGAAAAAAUGCUAUGGUUUGCUGAUGAAUAUGCAUUGUCGAAGCUUUUGGCAAAGUGUAUCAGUGAGAUGAAUUCGCCGGAGAAGGCUAAAAAGUUGAGAAAGACCGCGGAAUUCGAGAAGUUGUCGCUUAAUACGAGAUCGCUGAUUUUGGAACGUCUUCUGGAUGUUUUCUGA